AUGGAAGGAGAUCGCUCACUGGGUGUUCCUCUCCCCAACACCAGCACAACUCCACCAACACCGCCGCCGCCGCCGCCACAGCAACAACAACAACAACCACCCACAUUAUCAACCUCUCCAGAACAAAAUGAUUAUAUAGAUGGGUGUGCUUUAUAUUUUCUGUACUCAAAAGUUCUGUCAAAUUUCUAUAUGAUUAAAUGUUCUACGUUUACAAAAACAACUGCUGUUGCUAGGGUUUGGUUAAACCAAACCCUUACCUCAUCUCAGAUUCUCAGUCCCUUCUAUCUUCCUCUCUCUCUCUCUCUCUUCUACUCUCACUCUCGUACCUCUCCGCGACGCCGUUGGUCCUCCUCCGUCGUCCUCCUCCGCCGAUCGUCCUCCUCCGACACAGAUCUCAGUUUUUUUGAAACAGAUUGUAUGGCGCAUAGCAACAAAGAUCUUCUGGACUUGGAGCUCGAGAAUUCAUCUUCAUCAAACCUAGAAUCUACACUUCUUGUCUGCAAAAUCGACGACUUACAACAGUCGCAAAACUCAAAACCCACACCCACUGAUGGAAAGCCCUUCACUUCCUCUGCUCCCAAAAGCCACGUUAUGGGAAAAUUAAAGGAUUUCUUAGGAGUUAUGUCGGAAGCAAAUCAAAGGCUGCAGAAUGAUGCAAAGGACAACGUUGAGGACUAUGAUAUUGAAGUUCUCACUGGGAAUGAGUCUGAGUACAUUGAAAUGGAUUUGAUGCUGGGUGUUGCUGAUCUGCAUACACCCGAGGCUAUUUCUGCUGCCCAGUCUGCAAUAGCUGGUUAUCAACCAGUGAUUUCUUUGGCAGCUAGCAGCAGUGAAACAGAAUCGGAAUCCUCCAGUGAUGAUAGCAGUGAUGGUGAUAGUGAAGAUGACAGUGAUGACGACUACAAUGAUGAUAAUGCCACAGCCACUCCUCCCAAACUUAAAAGAGCGAAGUCUGUUGAAGAUGAUUCUUCAAGUGAGUCAUCUGAAAAACACAAGCCAAAAAAGCAGCCAAAGAUUGUCGAGCUAUCAUAAGACUGUUCUGGUCUUGAGUUAGCAAAGAUCCAGGAUCAAUUUGUCAAAAAUAUGGGCUGUCAAUGAACAAGGGUUGAAGCGUGCAUCCACAGACAAGAAGUUGAUGUGAAGAAGCUUACAAAUAUAAGUGAUUGUGUGUUGUGUUUGUUAUUUAUACAGGAUUUAUUAGUCAAGCCAUCUUCACGGAUUGUAGACAUUUUUCAUAUCACAUCCUUCGUUCAUGAUUUUGCCUACGCUAAAACUUUUGGAAUAGCGUCUCAAAAUGUAGUCUCCUUCUCUAUUGAGCUGAGUAGAAGAAACAACAGUAAUUAUGGGCUUGAGUAAUCUAUAAUUUCUUGAGAAUAA